AUGAGAAUACGCAGAGAUAACCAAGCUGCAUUACAAGUAAACACAUUACAAAGUGCUCAUGGCACUGUAAUGGUUCUUGCAUGGAUGGUAUUCGCUUCAGCAGCUAUUCUAUUUGCACGAUACGGUCGUACGUUACGUUUUGGUUCUAAGGAAAAGUUAUUAGGUGAAAAGAAUUGGUUUCAAAUUCAUCGUUUGAUUGCUUGUUUAACUACAGUGACAACUCUACUCGGCUUUCUGCUCAUUUUGGCUGAAACACAAGGCACAUGGAUAACAUCUGAUGAAGGUCUUAUAUUUGUCCAUUCUGUUCUUGGUGGUAUAAUUGUUUGCUGUGCACUUUUACAAUCAUGGAUGGCACUAUUUCGUUGUCAUCCAGAAAGUUCAUUUCGUUAUAUUUACAAUUGGCUACAUCGAAUGACUGGAGCAUUGGCUUUUUUUCUUUCGAUACCAACCAUCUUUAUUAUGGUUACAAUUUUCAAUGAAAAUCGAACUGGUAUGAUCGUUAUUCUUUCACUUUGGUCUGGUUGGGUGGUUUUUAUCGUUAUUAUUUUGGAAAUUAUUCAAUUUCUUCGAAAAUUAUCCUUGGAAGCAGUGAAUAAGAGAAAUGAUACUGAACUAGCUGAGUACACUACAUAUUCGAGUGUCAAUGAUAGAAAGAGUGAUGCAACUGAUCUGGCACCUUGGAAUAAUCGAAUAUUAAUUUUGUUUCUAUUGCAUAUUGUUAUUUCUAUCGCACUCGCUAUUGCACUCAUUGUUCUUAUUUGGAAAUAG